CCCAUACAGGUGAGGGAAGAGAAAGAACCGAGCCAGCAUGAGUUUGACUAACAAGGACAAGGCUUCUGUCAAGGCCCUGUGGGCCAAAAUCUCCAAGUCGGCGGACGCCAUCGGGGCUGAAGCUCUGUCCAGGAUGUUCGCCGUCUAUCCGCAGACCAAGACCUACUUCUCCCACUGGCCAGACCUGGGUCCCGGCUCUGCUUCCGUGAAGAGCCACGGCAAGAAGGUGAUGGGUGGAGUCGCUCUGGCUGUGUCCAAGAUUGACGACCUGACCAAAGGCCUCCUGGAUCUCAGCGAGCAGCACGCCUUCCAGCUGAGGGUAGACCCGGCCAACUUCAAGAUCCUGAUCCACUGCAUUCUCGUGGUGAUCGCCACCAUGUUCCCCAAUGACUUGUCCCCUGAGGCGCACGUCGCCUUGGAUAAGUUCCUGAUGGCCGUGGCCCUGGCUCUGUCUGAGAAGUACCGCUGA